CCAACAGAGAGGGUUGAAGUUGAGGUCCACCAAUAUCAAUUCCAGCCCAAAUACUGGGGACAUGAACGAAGUCGUCUGCCAUCGCUGCAAGAAGUCAGGAACCGACUCUUCAUCGCACUAAAGCCCCCUCACAUUUCUAUCGGUCCGUCCGGUCAGCUAUGGGAUUGCCCCUCAGGAUGGACAACAUACACGCUCCAACCGUGCCCUCGGGCCCAGCCAGCAAUACGUCAAGGAACGGUGACCUUGGUCGCCUCUCUUUUGCGGAGCUACAGAACAAGAAGGAAAACAUGGAGGCUGAGUUGAAAGCUUUGGGCGCAGUCCUCGACUCUCACGGAGUUGACAUGAACACACCUCUCACAACUCAGGACGGCUUUCCAAGAGCCGAUCUCGAUAUUGCUCAAGUGCGUACUACCAGAGCCCGCAUCAUCCACCUCCGCAAUGACUACAAAGAGCUCAUGACCAUGGUUGAGAAACAACUCCAUGAGCACUUUGCCAGCUUGCAAGGAGAGGAGAUAACCGAAGUUCCGCUCUCCGGGGGUGCCAAUAACACCCUGGCAGACCAUUCAGCAUCUCAGCCGCUGGAGGAGCCAUUCGCAAAGGUCAACACGGUGGUUCCGGGAAGCCCAGCCGAGUUAGCUGGCCUAAAGCCGAACGACCAGAUUCGCGUAUUUGGCUACGUCAACAGCUCAAAUCACGACAAUCUCAAGAAGGUGGCCGAAUGCGUGCAAGGGAAUGAAGGUCGACCUGUUCUGGUCAGGGUGUCUCGACCCAGCCAAGGGGCGCGGGAGGAGUUGCACGUAACACUUACUCCGAGACGUAACUGGGGUGGCAGAGGUUUGCUGGGCUGUCACAUCCUACCUUUGUGAGAGAGGAAUAUAUUGCUUCAGCUGCGGGGGCCAAAUGAGGAUCUGAUAUCGCCGCAUGUACAGUAGGCCAACCGACAUGUUUCGCGACGACUUCACUUACAUAAGACAUGAAGACUCAUGCCGAAAAGUACAAGGCUGCGCGCUAUUGAAUUCAAUCAG